AAGAAGAAUCUUAGGUCAUUUCGCUCGCUCCAUAUUAUCUGCUGCUCUCACACCCACCACAACACAAAAAGCCCUUUCCCUCUAGAGCUACGUGGCAAUAAGAGAUUUGAUAAUAAAAUCCAUCCCGCGAUAGUAUAUUGCGCAGCCAUUCAUCCAACGGUGGUAGAAGAAGCCUUGGAUGCUUCUAUGAAUUUGAGCCGUGUGAUUAACGCCCGCGAUAUUAACCGUAGGAUGAGAUUGAUGUGACGAUCUUACCGUCCCUAUAACUGCGAAUUGAAUUUCGAAAGCUAGAGAGGGAGAAGAGCGAGACAGAGGCUAUUUACUUCUUCUUCUUCUUUGAUUCUUCGUCUAAAUAUACAUACAGCGUUCUCUAUUUAUACGCACACAUACAUACCUGUGAAUCGAUAUUUUGUGGAUUAAAAAAUUUGAAAAUCCAGCCGAUACUGGGCUGAUUUUUUCUUUCUGCGUGAAUGAAUGACAUAGCUUCUUUUCUCGGAUUUUGAAUUUCCCCUCAGAAUUUCACAGGAGAAUCUUUGAUUUUUUUUUCACCUCUCUAUAUCCAGGACUUCCCUUUCUGCUUCCUUGGUGACUCGAACCAACAACCUUUCGAUUGGAUGUGGAGGCGAACCAACAACCUUCUGAUUGGAAGUGGAGGGUGUUUUGUGUUUAGCAUCUGAACAACCCCUUUUUAUUUGGUUUUGAAUGGAGAAAAGUGAGGGCCCUCCAAAGAAGGCUGAAUCGGAGCUGGCUGGUGCUGACGUGGCAAUGGAUUAUCCGGCAAAGAAGCUAGCGAGACAGCUGGAUUUCACGGGUAGUCAGUUACCAGUGUCAACACAGCAGACACAGCCACAAUCACAGACACAGCUACAAUUGCAGACACAGCCACAAUUACAGCAACGCAUAAUGUUGAUGCCAAUGCAACAAACUCCUGUACUACCUCCUCAUCCUUCAACUCGACCUUUGAAACCCGAAUCACCAAAAGCAAGGUCCAGGCAAAGUGCCAGUGAAGGAAAAGAUGGGACACCUAAAAAGCCAAAGCAGUGUAACUGUAAACAUUCUCGAUGUUUGAAGUUGUAUUGUGAAUGUUUUGCUUCUGGCAUAUACUGUGAUGGGUGCAACUGUGCCAAUUGUCUUAAUAAUGUUGAAAAUGAAGCUGCUAGGCGAGAAGCAGUUGAAGCUACUUUAGAGCGUAAUCCAAAUGCAUUCAGACCUAAAAUUGCCAGCAGUCCACAUGGAGCUCGAGAUAAUAAGGAGGAAGCUAGGGAUGGCGUAGUACUGCCAAAGCAUAACAAAGGCUGCCACUGCAAGAAAUCAGGUUGCCUUAAGAAGUACUGUGAGUGCUUCCAAGCCAACAUUCUUUGCUCUGAAAAUUGUAAAUGCAUGGACUGCAAAAAUUUUGAAGGAAGUGAAGAGAGGCAGGCUCUUUUCCGUGGAGAUCAUGCCAACAACAUGGCAUAUCUCCAGCUGGCAGCAAAUGCUGCUAUAACCGGUGCCAUUGGAUCCUCUGGUUAUGGAUCUCCUCCAGUGAAUAAGAAAAGAAAGCCUCAGGAGCUGUUCUUUGGGUCAAUGAUUAAAGACCCUGUUCAUAGGCCUGGUCAAAUUCAACAGGAAAACCAGAUUAAAUCUUCACUUCCACCAUCUUCGUUGUCUUCUGUUCCUGGUCCUUGUGUUGGUACUGCUGCAGCAUUAGGUCCUUCAAAGCUUACCUACAGGUCUUUGUUAGCAGACCUAAUCCAGCUGCAUGAUAUCAAGGAGCUUUGCUCUGUUUUAGUUGUUUAUGCACGCGAAAUGGCCAAGAUGCUUGCAGAUGAAAAGGAUGGAUCAUUAAAACAGGCCAAGUGCCACAGAGAAGCUUCUUAUCCUUCCUCAGGUGUUGAGAAGGUCAUGCCUGAUGAUUGUUCAACUAGAAUUCAGGCUGAGAAUAUCACGGCGGAUGAGUCUAGGUUUGAUGGUGCUGAUAGAUCAAAAGAAAGGCCAAUGUCUCCGGGAACAUUAGCUCUCAUGUGUGAUGAACAGGAUACGAUUUUUACUGCUGCUGCUGCUUCCCCUAAUGACCUAACAAGCCUUAGCUAUAAUACAUCUUUCCAACUGCCUUAUGGGCAGGGCAUGACAGAAAUCUACACAGAACUGGAGAGGAUCGUGUUGGCACAGACUCGUGAUUGCCUUAAUAAGCUGAUCACUUUAGGAGAAAUAAAAGAAACAAAAUGUUCCUCCAUGGUGCGAGGUGCCGAUUCAGGUAGCAAAAAUGAUGUGAGCAGCAACGGCAUAGCCAUGACUGAUUCAAAUAAUCGACAUGAACCUUUCAGUAAUGGUGUUGGCAAUACUGUUCCACCUCCACUGCAAAAGGUUGUCCCUGCAACUACUGCUGCUAAUAAUGCAUGUCCUAUAGUUCAUCCUCCGGAUGGGAAUAUAGGCAGGUGAAAACAAAAAUCUGAAAUAAUUUGUAAAGAGUUUUUGGAUGAGAUUGUCUCAAGCUGCUGCAUCUUUGUAAUAUUAGGCUAUUCUUUUUUGACUUUCUCUUCGAUGCAGUGGCAAGGUUAUUUCAGGCUUCAUUCGUUAGAAAUAACCAGCCCCACUCAUGUAACUUUCACUACAGUUUCCAUAGUAUAUUUUCAUUAGAAGUUAAAUUUAUUAAUAUUUUCUUUUCUGAAA